GCGAUUUCACGAGCAACUUUCAUCAUGGCCUCCCCUUCACCCACCCUUGCAGAUAUUAUCGUGCAAUCAUCCCAAGGCCCCAAGAUCAAUCCAUUCGUGGAACUCAUUCGCGGCCUCGACGAGAAGCAGAACCCGCCGGUAGAUGAUAGCCAAACUGAAGGUCUCCUCUUCUCCAUCGCCACUUACAUCGUCGUCUUCUUAGUCUGUCUCGCCAUUAUUUCUCUGCCCUACCUUCAGGGCGCCGGGGGUCACAAGAGAAGGCAUUGGGUCAUGAAGCCACAAUACCUCGAUGGCCAUCCACAACCUUACUGGAUUCUAAACAGUGGCUUGAUUGUUGCGGUGAGCCACUUGUUUGGAAGUACCUUAUUUCUAGUCUUCCUAGGACUCAGAUACAACGCGUUUAAAUCGGGCUAUGCAGCCGAGUCGUUCUACGGCUCUGCAUGGCUAGAAUUGAGAUGGUACCCGAGUUAUUGCUCUUUCUUCACUCAAGCAUGGAGCACUUGGUUUGUUCGAGCCUCCGAUGCAUCCCUGAAGGGCAAAAGCAGUGGGAUCCACCCCUUGGCAUUUAAUAUCAACUUGAUAGCACUCCCGUUGACCGCCUUUAUAUUGGCACUCAUCCUGAUCUCGGCACAGGUAGCCUCCAUGAGUGCGCAGAACAACAGCUACAAGGACCUCAUCAGCUCGCUCACCGUAAUGAGUCUUCAGUGGCACCCAGGGCAAAACUAUCUCAGUAGCCCCCUGUUCCAUACGGCGUCGAUACAAUUCCUCGAUUACGGCACGAAGUCGGUUCAUCUUCUCGCUAGGUUUAGGACCACUGGACUGUUUUGGACUUUCAUGGCUGUACCCACGCUCAUUUUUUAUGUUAUCGGUAUCUCCACUUUACUGAGAGUCAUGUACAAACGUUUCCGGGCAGUCAAGGGGGAAUCCGAACAUGAGAGCACAGUCAGUUCGUUUGAUUCAUUCCCAAAACGCUUGAUGGCCAAUCGCAAACGAAAUAAGUCGAGCAAGCUUCGGAACAGCUUCAUUUAUUUGGGGGUCCACUAUACGAUGAUGUCACUCACCUUAUUUUACCACAUCAUCAUUGGCUUGAUCUUUUACUUCUCAGACGAUGUGGCAAUGGUCAAUAAGUCAUGGCUAGAGCUUUUCAUGGUGUUGAGUAACUCGGGAUCGUAUCUUUUACUAUUGGCAUUAAUGGUUCAACUGCUAAGAAUUAUCUCCGAGGGUAGGGAACAAGCGGGUAUGGUCAGUAAGAAGAGUGGCAGGAAUGCAGAAUACAAUGACUGUAUCUCGGACUCCAGCAGAAUACACCCGGAUAUCAAGCUAAUGACAUGAUCAGUUUCGAGUUAAAGAAACCUCCCUCGCCUCAAAAAAUUCAAAAAAAGACAAUCUUAUGUAGAUC